AUCACAGAGGAAUGUAACACCCUCAAGCUUUCCUUGGCAAGCGUCCAGAAAGAAAGAGAGGCAGCAGAGGAAGAAGUGAAACUCCUCAAUCUUCGAGUCCAUAGUCUUGAGAACGUAGUUAGGGAUCUUCAAGAAUCAGCAGAGAAUGCUAAUCAGUUUGACAGUGAGAGGAAGACUGCACUACAGCAGCUACAGGACAAACAGGCACAGUUGGAGCAGCUGCAGCAGCUGAACUCCUGUGUUGAGAGUAAACAUGCCCAGACAAUAUCAGCACUCCACAAACAGGUCCUUGAGUUAGAAGACUUACGAAAGGCAGAAGAGAAGUGCAGAGAGGAGCUUGCCCAAGAGGUUCAGAGGUUACAAAAGGAAGCAGAGGAGCAACAUAGAUCUUUGGAAGAGGCUGAACGCCUGAAAGAGAAGUUAGUGGAGGUGUCAUUUCAGACCUCAGGUGAGUUGAAAGUGACAGAAUGGGUGGCUGAUAUAUGGCAGAAUAGUGAAAUCACAGUGUACGUGUGA